GUCUUCUUCCCAGACUUUUUUUUUCUUUUUUUUUUCUUUUUUUCAUGUAGGCUAAUAUACAGGCCGGCGCUGCAAUUUCGGAAUCUGCCCUUGUAUAUGGCGGACGAAAAUUUCCACAGGAGGAACCGCAACACAAACCCCCUUCGUGAGACAGACACGGAGAGCCUCCACCGACUAAGUAAACCUCGGCAAAUUCAUGAUUCAUUACGCCAUUACUCUUUUCCUAAAAAUGUAACGUAGCGUCUCGCGGAGGUAAAAACAGUCUCGCGGUGGAAAAAAUUUGUAACAUUCGGAAUUUCUCAUAACUAAUUCACAAUUUUUUGAGGAAGCAGUAGUGCAGUCACCUCUGGUCGGGGAGGGAAGAUUUCUGGAGCGGAGAGCCUGUUUCGCAUGAGCUGCAUCGUUUUUGGAGAAGCACGGGCCCAGAGGAGGCGGAGUCAUGAGUGCACAAGAGGCACCCAAACCUGGGAAGGAGAAGGCGGAUGGUGGAAGCGCUGCCACAGAUGGCCCCACCCCAACUUCAACCAGUACAGCUAAGGCGACCAGUCCAUCACCCGUCACAGUGAAGAAAGAGCCUGGCAUAUCGGAGACGAGCAAUGGGAAAGUCAGUGACCCCAACCCUGCUGAGAUCUGCGUGGUCAUCGGGGGAACUGAAGGAGGGACAGGUGGAGGUGGAUCCCGUAGAUCUCAGGCUGAGGGUUCCUACGUAUGUGGGGUGUGUGGGAAGAAGUACAAGUAUUACAACUGUUUUCAAACUCACGUCAGGGCACACAGAGAAUCAGAGAGCAUGGUUGCAGAUGGUCUACCCCAGACUCCGAACAGUAGCUUCCGUUACUCCUGUGACAUCUGUGGAAAGAAAUAUAAAUACUACAGCUGCUUCCAGGAGCACCGUGACCUGCAUGCAGUUGAUGAUCCAUACGAACAGGUUAUGUUACCAGUGGACGGCCUUAAGGAGGAGGAGCCAGUUGAACCCUAUCAGAAAAUUGGACCAAAAACGGGAAGCUACGUCUGCGAGUUUUGUGGGAAGCAGUACAAGUAUUUCAACCCGUACCAGGAGCACGUUGCGCUUCACACACCAAUGAGCUCCUUUGACAUAAAGGCAUCCCGGGUACAAGACUGUGGUAGCAUGGACAUGACCAAAUACGGCCACAGCCAGGCUAGUAAGAUUAAAAACAGUCCAUUCAGGCGGAAACUGGAGAGCACGGUGCAGACUAGCCUCGUCGACACAAACAGCUCGCAGAAUUCAAGUGGAACACCAAGCCCUCUGGUGGCCACUUCCUUCUCUACAACUCAGAAACCCUACACUUGUGGUGCUUGUGGCAUCCAGUUCCAGUUCUACAACAACUUGCUGGAGCACAUGCAGUCCCACGCUGCGGACAAUGAAAACCACACCAAAGGGGACUCUCCAAAAACCUCCUCAGCUUCGGGUCCUCAGGAGCAGCUAUGGAGAGGUUCCCAGGCUCAGGCCCAUUCCUCAGUUAAACUCCAAAUCCAGCCUCAAACACACACCCAGAGAAACCACACUCUCAGCCAGAAUAACGGUCUACCUGAGAAGGAGCGACAGCAGGUAGCUGAGCGGCUCCUACGGGUGAUGUGCUCAGAUCUGAGCAUGCUCAGUGUUCUAAACAGCAAGGACUUUCUGAAACUAGCACAGACCCUAGUGGAUACGGGGGCUCGUCACGGUGCCUACUCCACCCGUGAUGCCCUGGGCAACAUGAGUGCCUUGGCACUGCGCCAACUGCCCCGUAUGUACAACCAAGUAAAAGUAAAGGUUACAUGUGCUCUGGGCUCCAACGCGUCACUGGGCAUUGCCGUCACCUGCCACUCCCAGACAUCGGGCCCGGAUGCGUGUUAUGUCCUAACGGCCUACCAGGUGGAGGGCUCCAGACUGAAGCGCUAUGUGCUUGGUGUGAGAGAGGUGGAGCUGCGGGAGGGGCCCGAGCAGGUGCAUCACUGGGUGCAGAAUGUGCUGUCAGAGUUUGUGAUGUCUGACAUUCGCACCGUGUACGUGUCGGAGCCCCGUGUGUGGGCGGCGGGGUUUGGUGGAUCCCCGCUGGGCAGCGGAGGCCGUGGGAGGAUAUGCUUGCGUUGCGCCGGGUGUUCACUCGGUGCGGUGGUGCAGGCCGUCCUCGGAAAACGCAGCCUCCAGGCACGAGGGCUGCACGAGUUGGCCGAGCUCCUAUCGACUUGCAGAGAUAUCGCCUCUUCCACCACACUGGCCCUACGUGAAGAACAGAGCAACAACACAUCCACAAGCACAACUGAUGAAGGUACGCAGGCUAGCGCUGCACAGUGCCCCACCCCUCCCUGCUGGGACCGUAUGGCUGAAGCCCUUCUGCAGGUCCACGCACAUUUUGAACACAUCUGUGAGGCUUAUGGACGCAGUAAGGCCACGGCACCACUUCUUCAAGGUCUUAACAAGCAUCUCCUGGGGACCCUGGCCUGUCUACUGGCCCCCCUACGCCUCGCAGCUCUGGAGCUGAGCAGCCAGAGGAGACCGACCUUACAGCAGGUCUUACCCGUCUACCUACGCCUGGAGAAGUUUUUUACAUCCAAAGCUGGAGAGGCUGGAACUGGCACAGCAAGCAAACUCUGCCACUACUUCCUAGAAGCACUCAAGGAAAACUUUAAGGUGGAGCGAGCCCACCAGGUGGCCAUGGUUCUGGACCCUCAGCAGCUCCGCUCUGUUCCAGCCUACCAGCACGAGGACAUCAUCCGUGCUUGUGAAAUGGCAGCUGAAAGCAGGGACGGCGGUCUGUCUGGUGGCGGGGGAUCAGGUGAAGAGCGUGAUGGAGGCCCGCCGACCCCGAAGAUAAGCCGAGUAGAGGGAGCCGGCAAGAAUGGAGGCACAGCGAGGGGGACGCCGUCAUCAUCGUCCUGCACCGUGUCCGGUAACGACGACAGCCAGAGCCAGGUCAGACAGGAGAUAUUCCAUUACCUGGCCGAGCCUCCUCCAGGAACGCCGGAUCUGUUCCAGUACUGGAGCUCGGCGGUAGCAGAGAAGUUCCACCGGCUGGCUCGCCUAGCGCUGUGGCUACUCGCCGUGCCUGCCGUGGGCAUUCGCAGUGAGUGUGUGACUGUGUGUGAGCAGAGUCUGGCUAUGAAGAGGAAGCAGCAGGUGACUGCGGAGGAAAUGAACAAACUUAUUUUCCUUCGCUCUAACAUGGGCUGAGAGAAACCCAACCAACCAAACAUUCACCUCCAACCAAUGACUCAAGACUAUUAUUAUUUAUAUAGGUUUAGACCAACUGUAAACUUAAAUGUGUAUGGACUUUAAAUAUUCCUCAAGACUAUAUUUACAGGAACCUUCUUGUUGUUUAGGGUCGCAAACACCCAUAAAACAAUAAGGCUUAUUGUGUGAGGAGAAAGACGGAUGUGAAGUAAUGUGGGCGGAAUUCGGGUGGAACGCGUAACCUCAAAAAUACGUCCUCUUUAAACGGCGUCCGGGUCACAGGGGUUUUAACAGGACGAGGUUCAGUCUUACCCACGGCCAGUGAUUUGAAUUACUCCAGCCUACAGACUAAACUGCUUAAAGGCUAUAUGCUGUUAACUCACGGAUAGCAACUUCGUCAGGUUAAAAUCAGAUUUCACCGCUUGGGUUUUCUCAUACACCUCAACGAUUAUUCACCAGCUGAUCCAAGCCGCCCAUAGGGGGCGUUAAAUACUGUAGCACUCGCAGUAUAUUUGAAGAAUCCUCAUUUGUUUUACAGUGUAUGACAGAAAACCUGAAGCGACAACUCUUCACUGCCAUUACACCUUUGACAGUCAACUGUACCAGGUUUAAGGUUUACUGUAACACAGCCACUGAAACCACACAAACCCAUGCACAGCAGCGAUAUAGGAGCAGAGCAGAUCACUGAGAAAGAAAUCAUUAGAGAGAAUUCGAACGGUUCUUGCUUCAUUGGCCUCCAAUGUAGCUGCAGAUCAUUUGCAUGCACUGCAGCGCAUAAAUUUUUCAUUUAAAUGGGUAAAAGCAGCUGAUUAAACAUUAAUUCUGAUAUGAUUCCUUCAUCCUUGUUUAUGUAAAAGUGAACUGUAAAGGAAAGUCACUGACUAGUUGUUUUCUUUCUAAAAUUAACUUCUUUCUAAAGUUCAGAUGUCUUCUGCUGCUAGAUGUGGAGGUCUUAACUACAGGGAGCCAUUAUACAGUCAGGACCCUCAGACUAAAGGUCUGUAUAAUGACGUUAACCCGAAUAAAUCAAGCUUUUAGUUGAGUUUUCUUUACAAAUAUUUAUUUUUUUCGUACAGAAAUAGAAAGUACCCAGUGGUAAGGUUCCGUUUUUACACAGAUUCAGCCUUAUACAGCUUUGGAAAGGAUUAUUGGACCACUGUGACAAGGCAGCCAAUGUCAACAUUUGUCAUAAAUAUGUUUUCUAAAGCCAGCAGGGUUUAAAAACCUGUCACAAGACGCAUUGAAAUGUUGAUUUUGAGAAGUUUAAUAAAGAAAGUAGCAAAUAUAUAAUUUAAGACAAUAUGAUUCUCACAUUAUAUCGCAGAUAUUUUCUUUGUCUGUGGCUUUAUUCUACUGGUACAAGUACAUAAAAUGCAAAAAAACCUUUUCAGUUCCAUUAUUUUAUACUUGGCCUAAAAAAAUAUACAAUAUUAGGAACCAGUAUUUAUAAUGAUGCAGAAUUAUUGUGCAAACUUCAUCAUCGUGAAAUCAUUUACAGGGUGUCAGCAAAGAUUUAAAAAAAAAAAAAUAGGCAAAACCCUGUUGCUGAAUUGGAUUACAGCAUUCAAAUACGAAAUGAAAAUGAAAUUCACUCAUCAAUAUGAAUAGUUAAACAGGAGCAAAGAGUAAAGACACAGACGAGAGAAAAAAAGAUGAAACUAGUGCUUUGUGAGAAGUUCUUUCAGUCCAUAAUAGUGGAACUAUCCAAGCUGCAUUAGACUGAUACAGUUACUUUCAGCUUAUGAAUGUGAAUUAUUAUUAAAGUCAUGUCUGUUAGUGAGAAGGAUACACAUAGUUAAUGCUCACUUUAUAAUUCACUGCCUAUUGAAACGCUACAACUGCUCUAUGAUGGUGUAUGUAAAGAACAUUAAAACCUCGUAACGCUCAACAUGAACCUAGAAACAAGGAAUAUAUGAGAAGUCACAGUAAAGGGCUGAGUUUGUACAGAAAAUCAGUCUGUCCCAUAAUCAUUUCCAAAGCCACUGUGGCUGAAUUUGCACAAAGAUUUUAAAAUGAUCUUUGCUAAACAAAUGGUAUAUUUUCUCUAAACUCUUUUGUAUUUUACAGAAUAAUACAGAAACCUCUUGACAAUAGUGUCGGUCAUGUGUGUUUUUACUUUAUAGAUGUUGGUUGAUGCGUUUCUCUCCACCGAAGCUACACAGUACACAAGGAUUUAAUUUAUAACUAUAUAACAUCAUAUUUUUUACCCACUAAUAGUUGCGUGUGAGAAGUGUAUUUAUUUGUUACCAUUUCCUCAUUAUUAUCAUCAUCACUCUAAUACACUGUCUUCCUUUACGUAAACUUAAUUAGUAUCUGUUUAUUUAAGGCAAUAAGCUUUAUCAUAAGGAUAAAGGUUUGGUCAUAAAACAUAACCGUUGCCAUGACACUCCAGGAGUUUAUAACGAUAGAAAACGAUUUUCUGUUUGCGACAUCAAUGGGAUUUUCUCAGGAACGAGUGCACGCGAGCAGGCGCCGACACUUACCUUUCCUCACUGUACCGAAAACGUACCAACUGUGACCUCAGCGCCGAGGUACGGACUGAACCGUGACUUUGGUGAAACGUUCCACCCCAAAAAAAACACUACAGUUAGUGCCACACGCAACAAACGGGAAACACACACACACACACAAAAAAAAAGGACAUCUCAGGACAGUUGUACUAGUAAGUUCAUUACAGUCAACACAUGCAUACUAAUGAAGUUAUUUAUUUUUUUAUGGAUUCAAGUAUACAUUUACUAAUACCUCCUAAAAGGACUUGGGGAAGUGGAAGGGUCGAACUAGUUUGUUGCCUCUGGUACUAAUCAAGUCAAGUCCUAAUGUGUCAUCUCUGUUUUGGGCCUUAAGUCUCUUUCAUGCAGUCACCUAAACCCUACAGUCAGAACCAACUUUCAUGCCUUUAUAUUGAUAUUAUAUGGCCUUUUUUCACCUUUUUUUUUUUAAGUUUUUUUUUUUCUUUUUCUGUUCCUGUUUUCAGUCCUGUACUGUAGACUCGGAUGUGUUUCGAAUACACGUGGAAACAAGAGUCAAGGGUAAAUGUCAACUUCGGUUACGGACCAUCGGUGCAAUUUUUAAGAAGAGGUUGAAUUAGGGCUGGGGGAUUAUUGACCAAAAAUGUGAGCAUGAUGAACGCUUUCAUAUCAGUCGGUGAUUAUUACAAUGAAAAAGAAAUACUAUGUCUGAAGUCUAAGAAGAUAGACAGUGUUUGUGGUUUUACAUGAUUUGUAAAAGAUUUGAGACGUUUUGUAAAGAAACGCAAUAAAUAAAAAUGAUUUAACGCAACAAAAACAACACGAUAAAGACGUUAAAGAAGCAAGAUGAAAACGAUGUAAAAGACCUCGACAGGUUUAUUUACUGCUAAUUUGCUAAUUUAAUUUUGAUAAAUCAGCUUAAUCUUAUUUUUGAUCAAAUGUGAGCAAUAAAGUGAGUUUUUUUCAAGAUGAAAACAUCAACACACUGUAUGUUUUCAGCUGAUAAUGUAAUCUGAUUAAACCUAAAGAGAACAAGAAAUAUAUGUAUCACAGUGAGUAUAUUCUGACUUUAUUGCCCAGCCCUUAGUUUUAUAACCCAGACUUGCUUGAAAAGUGGAUCCAAUCAUUUGAGCUUGUGUGCUUUUAUAGUUCUAUAUCUUGGUUUAUUGAACAGAGGCCAGGAAUAUUUUUAGCCAUCCAAAGUUAACACCCAAGCACCAACUGUACACUUUAUACCGAUUCUGUACUGAAAAGUCUUCAUCAGAAUUACAUUAGACCUCGCCAUUAAUAUUCAAUUAGUUAAUUAUCACAUUAUUUGUGGUGCACGUAAAUAUUCCAUGGAUGAAUUCUAUUUUCUAGUAUGUUUUUUGACCACGUGAGGUGAGUGAAAUGAACAGGGAAUGUCUUUAUCUGCUUGGCCGGCACGUCCACGUUUCCAGUGUUUCAGCAGGUGUUCUACUGCAUCACCCACCUGUUAUUUUUCUAAUCGAAGAGCAAAAGUUCGACUAGAUUUUGUUUUGUUAUAAUCCUCAGCUCUCGACCCGGGUACGACCCAAUGUUGCUAGAACGCAGGAGAAGUCGGAACGCUGUGAAGGAGAGGAUCUGUCCUCUGACAGAUGAGGGGGGGAAGGUGAAACGCAGGUUUUGUAAAAAUGAAAAAA